GUGGUGCAUGCCUCCAUUUGGCUGGUGGGUAAGCUAUGCUCCAACCCGGAUGCAAUGGACCUAAUGUCUCGUCUUCGUCCUGACCUCUUGCAUACCCCUGAACUCCUCAGCUUGGCGCUUUCUCUACGCCUCUGUCCGACGGCAACUUCAGACGAUCUCUCCGCUGCAUUGACCUCUUCCUCAGCCACAACUUGGCAAACACCCUUCGAGGCGGUCAGCACAGAAUCUGGUUCCCAGGCCGUUGGACAAACUGAAGAGACCGUCCCUACCUCCACCUCUACCCCAUCCUCCAAAGCCGGUGAGGGAGCAGAGGUUGUCUUUGAAGCGGGAACCCUGAGUCCCUUUUGUAUCCGGUUCCUGCUCGACCUGGUGCGCCUCUUCAACGAGAAAUCUGAGAUGUUGACCAGUCGGGGCGAAAUGAUAAUCACGUAG